UUUGCAGCGCUCCCUUGUGAAUGACUGGACACCGACCGGUAGUCCAUUAGUCCUUCCCAUCUCAGUAAUCUCUCAUCCUCAUUGGCUGCACUCAGGACAGCCUUCCUGAAACCGACCAAUGGCGUCUGCUCCGUAUGCCCCAAGCCGCUCCCCCCUGCUCUUAAAGAGCCCCCAUGACUUCAAUGGAGACUCAAUCCCCUCGCUGACUUACUCAGCCCGAGUGCACUCUCACCACUGCUGCUCUCCAUCCAUCUGUGUCUGUCUUUUAUUCUCUCUUUCUCUCUCCAUCACUCCCCCUGAUCUCGUUUCUUUCUCCUCUACACUUACUUCCUCUCUUCAUCUCUACCUCAGGAUUUUUCCUCCUCUCUCCUCUCUCCUCUCUCUCUGUAUCGCCACCACUCUUCCUCUCUUCACACGUACUCCUGAGCCCAAGUGUGCAGCAGCACCUGUGCCGACUGGAGUUUGUCGGGCCGAGCCAGAAGGUUUUUUUUUUUAUUUUGUGUGUUCGUGUGUGUGUGUUGAACAGGGGAGGGCAGGGAGACAACACCCAGGAACACCUGACCAACAUUUCAUCAAGAUAUGUGGAGACUUAGGAACUGAUCUCCUCCUCCAGCUUUUCCCCCAGCUGUUUGUUUAUCAGUUUUUUUUAUUGCAACACCUGGAAUGCUUAACGUGGACUGAUGGAUGUUUCCGAACUGUGCAUCCCUGACCCUCUCUGCUACCACAACCAGUUGCUAACCAGAAUGCCCUCUGAGGACCGACAUCUCUCCUCCAGCUGUGGUUCCUACGUCAAAACCGAGCCCUCCAGUCCGUCCUCCUCGCUAGUAGACACCGGCAGUCACCACAGUCCAAGCGGCAACUCCGACGCCAGCGGCGGCUACAUUAACGGCAACAGCAGACACUCGCACGCCCUGGACUCCCCGCCAAUGUUCAACCCGGGCAUGCUGGGAGGCGGCGCGGCGUGCCUACGUCGCUACGAGGAGUGCUCCGGCGUCGUGGUGGACGACUCGCCGAUCAAGUGCGAGUACAUGCUCAAUGCCAUUCCCAAGAGGCUGUGCCUGGUGUGCGGUGACAUUGCCUCGGGGUACCACUACGGCGUGGCUUCCUGCGAGGCCUGCAAAGCCUUUUUCAAAAGGACGAUACAAGGUAUUUCCCAAGGGAAUAUCGAGUACAGCUGUCCGGCCACCAAUGAAUGUGAGAUCACCAAAAGGAGACGCAAGUCGUGCCAGGCCUGUCGCUUCAUGAAAUGUCUUAAAGUUGGCAUGUUAAAAGAAGGUGUACGUCUGGACCGGGUGAGAGGAGGGAGACAGAAGUACAAACGGAGGUUGGACCAGGAGAACAGCGCCUACCUCGGCCUCGGCAUCCCCCCUCCAGCCAAAAAGCCAUUGACAAAGAUCGUUUCCCAUCUGUUGGUGGUGGAGCCAGAGAAGAUCUAUGCCAUGCCUGACCCCACCAUGCCCGACGGAGACAUCAAGGCCCUGACCACGCUGUGCGACUUGGCCGACCGCGAACUGGUGGUCAUCAUCGGCUGGGCCAAACAUAUCCCAGGUUUUUCCACUCUCUCGCUGGCCGACCAGAUGAGUCUACUGCAGAGCGCCUGGAUGGAGAUCCUGGUGCUGAGCAUCGUGUUUCGCUCGCUGCCCUGCGAGGACGAGAUUGUGUACGCAGAGGACUACGUGGUUGACGAGGAGCAGGCGAGGAUCUCAGGCCUGCUGGACCUGCACGUCGCCAUCCUGCCGCUGGUCCGACGCUACAAGAAGCUGCGCAUGGAGAAGGAGGAGUUUGUCACGCUCAAAGCCAUCGCCCUCGCCAACUCAGACUCCAUGCACAUAGAGAACAUCGAGGCCGUCCAACGGCUCCAGGAUUCUCUCCACGAGGCCCUGCAGGACUUUGAGGGCUCCCAGCAUCCGGAGGACCCUCGACGGGCGGGCAAGCUGCUAAUGACCCUGCCUCUGCUCCGUCAGACCGCCACCAAGGCCGUCCAGCACUUCUACGGCAUCAAAAUGCAGGGCAAAGUCCCCAUGCACAAACUAUUCCUGGAGAUGUUGGAGGCCAAGGCUUGACACCUGGGCCAGAUGUUUGACAGACAGCUGCAUCACCCGAUGGGAGGCGAGGGACAGCCCGUAAAAAGAUAAAGAUGGUGUGCCAAUGUGACGGUGAAAGCUUGGACUACUGAGUCAAUUUUAACACUUUUAAAUGGUAAUAAACGUAAAAAGAAAAAGGGACUUGAAAUGGUUUUAAAAAGGGUGAAUAUCAACCUGACUGACAUGGGAUCAUGUGAUGUAUAUAAAGAUGUUGUGUACAGAAAUCAGGCAACCGAGGUCUUGUUAUAACCAGAGGCCCAUUGCUCUAUAUCACCUGAAGCUUCUGUGAAUUUGUUUCUUAUCUUAUUUUCAUCUCAAAAAUGGAAGUGUGUUAAUAUAAAUGUCCUGAAGAACUGUACGGCUACGUAGCCACAUUAUGUGUUUCUUUAUUUCAUAUUUUCUAAUCUCAGUUGUUAAAGCAAUAGUCUCUAACUGGUCUACAUAUAAUAUGUGUACUGUAUAUUGUGUGAAAUUGCACUGGGCGGCGGGCGGGGGGGGGGGGGGAGAAUUGUUAGACAUAUUCUUAUAUUCGUCAUCAAAGAAAGCGGUGCCCGCCAUGGGUCUGUAAGAUUUCCUCGUAAUAUAUUUACCUCGUAGUAGCUUCAUCGACUCAGCGGUUGUAGUCAACUUGGUGCUGACAGAAGGACUAUGGUUGGCUGGUGAUCAUAGUUCACAAAGAGUUUGCACUAAGCAUCUAUGAAUAACGUGGCAAUAAUGGGGAUUGUACUUGUAGCCUCUGAGUCUCAGUCAGUGGUUUUUUGCUUAUAGACACUAAACUCCCUCCUCACUCCUCUCUGUUCAGUGUCCUACACAAAUAUCGGCAACUAAGCAAACUGUGAAAAAUACACAUGAUAAGCUAUAUUCUGUAAACUGUAUGGCUCGUUAAAAAAAAAAUGUUUAUUUUAUUUAAAUACACGUACAAUAACAGCAACAUCUAUGCAAUUUAAUGCAAUCUAAAAACGCUCUGUAAUGCAACCUCGUAUAGCCCUGCAAUAAAUACUACCUUUGUGACGUUUA